AUGAAAGAUAUUGAAAAUAAUUGUAGCAAAUUACUUCAAAAAUAUCCAUAUUUAAUAAACUCACCUGAUAUUUUGCCAACUUGUUGGCGUGUUCAUGAAUUCUAUCGUUAUGGAAAAAUAGUUGUUGUUGUAUUAAUCAUUCAUGAUUGUAUAUCAAUGUAUCUCGUAUCGGGUGGUCCAUUCUCAUACUUUUGUAUGUCUGUGCUAAUUGGUAUUUUAAGUAUCGUAGUUGUUUAUUUAUCACAAAUGGGCCUAAUUUUAGCCAUUGACCUUAUAUAUGUUAUUCUUGGAAUUGUAAUUGUCACAAGAUUAUUUAACAAAUGUUUUACUCCUUUACCACCUGAACAAUUACAUACAUUAUAA